AGAUCAAAACCUAUGAUAUAUAAUGUCGUAGGAGCGCAUAUUUGAAGGGUGCGUCAAGCUAUUUAAGGGCAUCACGAAUCUAAGAGAAGACAUCCCAUUCUAAGUUUCAAAUUGCCAACAACAUAGAUUGAGUAAACAACAAAAAAAAUAAGACGAUAUUCCGACUCGAGUGAAGAUGGCGAUUCUCCGAGCUUUCUUGACAGGCUUGUGCAUCAUUGCUUUUCAUCAAAGUUUAGUUGAUGCAAAGUUUUCGAAGAGCAUGUACAUCAGCUGGGGUCAGCAACAUGCUGCAAUUCAAGGAAAUGGCGAAGAUGUCCAGCUCGUGCUCGAUCAAACUUCUGGAUCUGCUGUUCAGUCAAAGAGAGGUUUCCUAUUCGGAAGCAUUGAGAUGCUGAUUAAGUUGGUACCUAAAAAUUCCGCAGGGACAGUAACAGCUUUCUAUCUAUCAUCAACAGGAAGCACACAUGAUGAGAUAGAUUUUGAAUUCUUAGGGAACGUUUCUGGACAGCCUUACAUUAUACACACUAACAUAUAUACACAAGGAAAGGGAAGCAAAGAGCAGCAGUUUUACCCCUGGUUUGACCCAACAGCUGAUUUCCAUAACUACACCAUACAUUGGAACCCAACUUCAGUUGUGUGGUACAUCGAUGGACUGCCAAUUCGUGUGUUCAGAAACUACGAAAACGAAGGGAUUGCUUACCCGAGCAAGCAAGGAAUGAGGGUUCACUCCAGCUUAUGGAAUGCAGAUAAUUGGGCAACCAGAGGCGGACUAGUAAAAAUCGACUGGACCAGCGCUCCAUUCAUAGCUAGAUUGCGCAACUUCAGGGCCAGGGCUUGCAAGUGGGAUGGACCAAGCAGCAUCACUCAAUGCGCCGCCGCUACCCCUGCAAACUGGUGGACAUCCCCCAUACACAAACAGCUGAGCAGUGCUAAGUUAGGCCAGCUGAAAUGGGUCAGAGACAACCACAUGAUCUAUGACUACUGCAAAGACACUAAACGAUUCAACGGAAACAUGCCUACUGAAUGUUCCAAACAGCAGUUCUAAUCCCAAGCUAAGCUAAGCUACCAAGCCAUCUCAAACAAAACUGCUCAGUUUCCUCAACUGCCGGUUUACAACUCUAAAAUAAAUGUACUUUGUGGUUUCAUCUGUUUCUUAUGU